AUGCAACCAUCUGGUUUAUCUGGUGUUGGUGAACCAGUCAGACACUUCGUCAGUGGUCAAAACGCUGAAAUAGACAUAGAAGGAUUUGCUGCAUCACCUGCAAGCGAUGACAUGCCAGCUCAAACAGCGCUUUGGAACAAAGUCUUUAGUGAAGAGAAAUUUGGUACGCAACACCCAAGUAGUGACAUGCCGGCUCAAACUGCACGUAUUGUUCACCCUAGAGCAGCAAGGAGCAUUGUCUCUGCUAUGCCUUUUCGUAGAACAGAAAUCCAAGAUCCUUGGGAUCCAAGUCAAAAUGAAAGGGGGUCACCGGGAGUUCACCAAUUUUUCACAAAGUACUGCAUGUAUAAUACUAUUAACCAAGGGUUGCAGGAAAUUUUAGAGCAAAUUGCGAAGGCUGGGUUCUAUUAUCUUGGAGACCGAGAUCGUGUAAAGUGCUGGUAUUGUAACAGAGGUUUACAGAACUGGGAUCCAGAUGAUGAACCGUGGACUGAACACGCAAAGUGGUUUCCAAUAUGCCAGUUUGUGUUGCAACAAAAAGGACCAGAUUUUGUUCAGCGGAUAGUUUCUCGUUAUCCCAACUUACCCCACUCCUCAAUUCGUGAUCAACCUGUCCCGCCUACAAGUUUUCCAGUUCGUAACCCCCGUGGUGUUGACCACAAGAAUGAGGCGUUAACCCAUGAAGAACAAAUUAACCAAUACAUGCUUAGUGAUAUUGUUCAAACAGCUUUCGACAUGGGAUUUGAAAAAUCUAGGAUACAACAUAUUGUUGCAAGGAGACUUGGUUCUGGUGGAAACCUCUACAUUUCUGUGGAAGAAUUAAUCAAUGAUCUGGCUUCUUAUGACCAACCUAAUUGUGACAAUGGAAAUUUCGAUGUCACAAACAUUCCUGGAACAUCACAGGGGGUUCAGAUUGAGAAUGAAAACAAUGAAUCAUUUGAAACAGACAAAACUUCUUUAAUUGAGGCAAGAAUGAGGGAAUUACAAGAAGAAAGAAAAUGCAAAAUGUGUAGAGAUAAGAUCGCAAGUAUUGUGUUCUUCCCAUGUGGUCACCUGUGUGCUUGUGCACGGUGUGCUGUAGCGUUACCAAAAUGUCCAAUAUGUCGAUGUAAAAUAGACAACUGCCUCAAAAAGUUUUAGUCGUUUUUUUAUUGCUGUUGAUACGCACCGUAUUGUAUAGUUUUCAAUGUUAAUUUAUCAUAAUUUUUUGUACAAGUUUUUCUUUAGUUCAUUGUAUUAAAUAAGGUUCAAUACUGUACAUGAUUUUUAAUGAAGAUAGUGUAACUAUUUCUGAUUUUUUUUAAAUAAUAAAUUAGAAUAUGUUUUUAAAUAAACUGUAACUUUUUUAAAAUUUUUCCUUUUGCAGCUAAAUGAUGAGUAUGUUUUCUAAUUAAGCCUACAUGGGAUUUUUUAGCCUAAUACUUAGUAGUAGAAGACUGUCUAUAUUUUGUGAAUAUUUUAGUUCAACAUGAUCAUUGUUAUAAAACAGCGCAAUCUUGUUUCUUUUAUAUAUGUGUCUGAAUACCUUUUAUAUUUUUUUAUAAAUAUGUUAAAAGUGCAAAUAUUGUAAAUGUGUAGAAUAUAAAUAUAUUGAUCAAAUGUUAGAAAUGUAAAUAUGCUUUAUUGUAAAUAACAUUCUCAAUAUUUCUGUUAAUGAAAUUCCUUUUCUUGUAA